AUGGAUUACUUUACUCUCAUUGUAUUCAAUGUAUUACCAAUUGUUAUUAUUUGUAUACUUAACAGUCGAUUGAUAGUAACAUUAUGGAAAAUUGUUAAUCGAGAUUUCAAAAUACACAGAAGCUUUACAUGUGAUGAUAAGAAUAAUGACAAUGCAGAUGAUAGACUCAUGACUAUCACUACUGUCACUACAACCAUCAGGAAUAGUAAUGCGAAUGCUCCUGUUGUUGUGGAUGCUAUAAGAAGUCAAAGGUCAGCAGCACAAUGUUUCAGUGCUAAUGCAAUGCUAUUUGUUGUUGUGAUUAUGUUAUUGAUUUGUGUUGGACCACAAGUACCAGCACGAUUACUUUUCAAUCAUUAUGGACAGUAUCAUUUAACGACAAUCAUUUAUAUAUGUGUCACUCAACAACUUGUUUUCCUCAAUGCUGCACUAAACUUCUGCCUUUAUUGUUUGGUAAGCAAACAAUAUCGUCAACUAAUGAUGGAAACAUUUAAAGGAUUUACUGGAAAGAUAACUGAAAAAUAUUGCUCAACAAUUAAACUGGAAGGUACGUCACGUAAUUCGUCAUUACGUGACGUGUAUGUGAAAUGUAUAACAGUAAGAUGA